UGCCAUCUCUAAAGGCCGAUUUCGUGUUUGUGUUUUUAUCUACUGAUUAUUGCCGGUUUUUGUGGUUUUUGUGAAUCCUCGCCAUGUCGGUGGUGAUAGAAACCACACUGGGCGACCUGACCGUCGACCUGUUCACCAGCGAGCGGCCCAUCGCCUGCAUGAACUUCCUGAAGCUGUGCCGGCUGAAGUACUACAACUUCAAUCUCUUCCACACGGUGCAGCAGGGCUUCAUCGCCCAGACCGGCGAUCCCAGUGGCGCCGGAGACGGCGGCUCCUCCAUUUGGGGCGUGGUGGAGGGCAUGCACAAGCGCUUUUUCGAGGCGGAGUACCUGCCGCGGAUUCACCACUCCAGCGCCGGAAUGCUUUCGCUGGUCAGUGCCGGCAAGAAUCUGGUGGGCUCGCAGUUCUUCUUCACGCUGGGCGAGAACCUUUCGUCGCUGGAUGGGAGCCACUGCGUCAUCGGUGAGGUGGUGGAGGGUCACGAGGUGCUGCGCAAGCUGAACGACGCCAUUGUGGACGAUAACUUCCGCCCGUACCAGGAUAUCCGCAUCACGCACACCGUGGUGCUCGAGGAUCCCUUUCCCAAUCCGCGCGGCCUUCAGGCUCCCACUCGCUCGCCGUCGCCCAGCGCCGAGCGCCUGAAGAACGGCCGCAUUGCUGCCGACGAGGACAUCGACGACACGGACGGCAUGACCAUGGAGGAGCUGCAGGAGAUGAUGGCCGAACGGGAGGCCAAGGCGCGAGCAACGAUCCUUGAGAUUGUCGGCGAUCUCCCAGAUGCAGACAUGGCCCCGCCGGAAAACGUACUGUUCGUGUGCAAACUCAAUCCUGUUACCACCGACGAUGAUCUGGAGAUCAUCUUCAGUCGCUUUGGCGUCGUCAAGGGAUGCGAAGUGAUUCGCGAUCGCAAGACGGGCGACUCACUGCAGUAUGCCUUCGUGGAGUUCGAGGACCAGAAGUCUUGUGAGGCUGCCUACUUUAAAAUGGACAAUGUCCUGAUCGACGAUCGACGCAUCCAUGUGGACUUCUCUCAGUCCGUUUCGAAGGUCACCUGGCGGGGCAAAGGACGAGGCAUUGUGGGCGACGAAGGCAAGCUGGACUUUGACAAUUUGAGAGACAACACGGAUCGGAGAAAACCCAACAAUGGCCGGGGAAAACCCGAGGACCACAGGGAUCGCAAAAGGUCGGAGGAUCCUAGGAGCAGGAUGAGCUCUGCAGAGCGACGGAAGGCGAGGGAGCAGCGUCACCAGGAACAGAACGAGAGAGAUGAUCGAAAGAAUGUGCGAAGACGCUCAAGAUCAAGGGAGCAAAAGGAUCGACGACGCUCUAGGUCCAGAGAUCCCGACAAUAGACAAGUCAGGGAGAGCACAGAUCGAAAGCGUUUCAAUGAUCGAGAGAGGAAGAGGGAUUCGCCACAAAGAAGACGUUCUAGGUCGAGGGAUCGAUUAGAAAGGAGGCCUUCUAGGACUAGAAAUCAAACAGAUAGGAGACGCUCGAGAUCAAGGGAGCAAAGGCCAAGGGAUCAAAUGGAAAGGAGGCGUUCGAGGUCCAGAGAGCCAAUAGAAAGAAGGCCACCUCAAUCCAGAGAUCGCAAUGAAGAAAGAAGGCGCAACGAAAAUGGAAGAGCCCCAUAUAAAGAAUCAGACAGAAGCCAUAAGAGAUCUGCAGAGCGAAGACAGCAAUCGAGGGAUCGAGAUGACCGCAGACUGGAUAGAAACUCAAGCCGACAAAAGAGUCCCGAGAGGAAGAGAAAACUUUCGGUGGAAAAGAGCAAAAAGCCAGACAAGAAGAAAUCUAAACGUGCAGCUAGCACUAGUUCAGACUCCAGCGAAAGUUCCUCGGAAUCCGACAGCGAUUCGGACUCCACAUCUUCCGAAAGUUCCGAGGACAGCUCAUCAUCGGACGAGCGCAGCAAGCGUAAAAAAAGCAAGAACUCCAAGCAGAAGAAGGCCAAAUCGAAGAGCAGUCACAAGUCAAAAAAGAAACAUCAUAGGAAAUAA